GCAAGGGUGUCGCCGCGGUGGCUCCAUUCGAAGGCGACGGCGGUUGGUCGGUCGUCUAUGUGUUAGUCUUGUUCUAAACUCCACAAACGGACCCGGUAAGGACUGUCGGUUCGGAUCCAACCGUACGACGCGUGUGUGGUGAUUUGCGCGGUUCGGGAUCGCUGGGAUGAAGCGGAAUAUAUUUCAUUUGAAUCAGAUCACCGGUGUAGUUUGAAGAAAGAGAGAGAGAGAGUCGGGCGGAGGAGCCAUUUUGUCCCGACAGUGAGUGAGAGAGAAAGAAAGAGAGUGCGAUAUAAAAUAACACAUAACAACAACAAACACGCACUCUGUGAGGAAACGCACGUCUUUAAAUAUUUCCUUUGGAGUUUUUAAAAGAAUCAAAAGUGAAAAUCACAGAAAUUCAGCUGUGAAGAGACUGGCCAGUGUGUGUUUCUGACACACGCACGCACACACUCUCUCUCUAUCAGUUUAUUACCGGCGUGUGUUUAAUAAAAGCUCAGAUGGCGAAGAAAACAUAUGAUCUGCUCUUUAAACUGCUCUUGAUCGGUGAUUCUGGGGUGGGAAAGACCUGCGUGCUGUUCCGAUUCUCUGAUGACGCCUUCAAUACCACCUUCAUCUCCACCAUAGGAAUCGAUUUUAAGAUCAAAACAGUUGAAUUGCAAGGAAAGAAGAUAAAGCUACAGAUAUGGGAUACGGCGGGACAGGAACGGUUUCACACCAUCACUACCUCUUACUACAGAGGGGCCAUGGGCAUCAUGCUCGUGUAUGACAUCACCAAUGCCAAGAGCUUCGAAAACAUCAGCAAAUGGCUCAGAAACAUUGACGAGCAUGCUAACGAGGACGUCGAGAGGAUGCUGCUAGGCAACAAGUGUGACAUGGAGGACAAACGUAUUGUACCAAAAGCCAAGGGGGAACAGAUCGCAAGAGAACAUGGGAUUCGCUUCUUCGAGACGAGUGCAAAAGCCAACAUCAACAUUGAGAAGGCGUUCCUCACGUUAGCAGAAGACAUUCUCAGAAAGACACCCGUAAAAGAGCCCAACAGUGAAAACGUGGACAUCAGCGCUGGUGGCGGAGUCACAGGAUGGAAGAUCAAGUGCUGCAGUUGAACAGACACACACUUUACGCAAACACACACAAUCUUCUUCUGUAUUUCUCUCUUUCUCUUAUCCCCCCCCCCCCACACUCUCUCAUUCACUCACCCCUCGUUUCUGUCUAACACUCUUCCGUUCUGUCCUUCUCAUGGGAUUCUCUGUAAAACAUCUCUCUAACGUUUCUCACACACUCAUGACUGCUUGCUGACAUCAUUUUUAUUUCAGAAAAAAACAAAAUGUAAAGAGAAAAAAAAAAGUCAUUUCAUGUUUCUUCUUACUUAUUUUAGUGUUAAGAAAGAAAGAAAUGAAUUAAAAAAAAAAACAAAAGCGCGUUCACCACUACAUAAAGACCACCAGAGGACCUGGAGACGCGUGUGUCGGCACAGAGGAGCGGCCAUAGCGUUCAGUAUGGCAUCAUAGAUGAAGACAUUUGUCCAGUGUUUGGGGUUAGUGUGUUAGUCUGAGAGAUAUCUAGCUGGGGAUAUUAUUAUUUUUUAUUUUUAGUUGAUUUCUUUCGUGCUGUGCCUUAAUGUAGAGCCCAAGGGCUCAUCCCCUCCUCCCCCAAACACACACAUACACAUUUAACCAUCACUCUUCUGUAACAGUUACUCAAACUAGACCUCUCCUCUGUCUGACCCCACUAACUCAACCCACACAUGCCCGAGCGGAACCAUCUGGAUUCAUCCUGUUUGCUCAGAAGAGAAUGGCAUUAUAUUUUUUGUUUUUUUCUCUCUCUUUAUUUUUCAGUAUGACUUGUUUUAUAAAAAUCUCCUCAGUGUAUUUUUGUUUAGUUUGCCCUCAAGUACUCAGUUACUCAUUCUCUCCUGCAUGCUGGUUUCUUUGGGUUUUUUGGGGUCUUUUGUAAGUUUUGCCAUGUUUGUAAUUUACAGGAUUUGUCUCUUCUAGUCAAGAUAUACGUGUCAGGGAUGGGAGCGUUCUCUUUGGAAAUUCAAACAAUUUUGCAGAUCCAUUAAAAAUAAGCUUGUUUAAGUUA